AUGGGUACAAAACGGAAAUAUUAUGCCCGUUUAGAAUAUUCCGUUUCCCACAAUAUUUGAUCACGUGACCCAUCCAAAAUGGCGCUGUGCUGUGCAAUUAGUAAUGAUGUUCCUGAGCAACCAGUUAUAUCACCUGUAUCUGGACACAUCUAUGAGCGACGUCUCAUAGAAAAGUACAUCAAAGAAAAUGGCUCUGAUCCAAUGAAUGGAGAGAAACUGGGAAUAGAAAUGCUUGUUGAAGUCAAAGCAUCUCCACUGGUAAAACCUAGACCACCCUCUGCGACAAGUAUUCCUGCCAUACUCAAAGCACUGCAAGAUGAAUGGGAUGCUGUAAUGUUACACAGCUUUACACUGCGACAACAGCUACAGACAGCUAGACAAGAAUUGUCCCAUGCUCUUUAUCAACACGAUGCUGCUUGUCGUGUGAUAGCUCGUCUCACCAAAGAAGUCACAGCUGCUAGAGAAGCGUUGGCAACCCUCAAGCCCCAGGCUGGGAUCACUGCUGGUGCCUACGCUGCCCCAGCUCCACAACCAACUUAUGGUGCAGAAGCUGGACCAGAGUCAGCCAUUCAACCAAUGGAGGAGACUGGCAUGAGUGAUGAAGUGCUCCAAAAGUUACAAGACAAAGCCACACUUCUUACAGCAGAAAGGAAAAAGAGAGGUAAAACUGUACCAGAAGGGCUUGCAACAACAGAAGACAUUAAAUCUUUCAAACAGCUGGCGUCUCACACUGGACUUCACAGUGCUAGUGUUCCUGGAAUUCUGGCUUUGGAUAUCUGUUUGAAGGACACCUCCAAAAUUGUUACAGGUGGUAAUGAUAAAAAUGCCGUGGUAUUUAACAAGGACACAGAGCAGGUCAUGGCCAUUCUCAAAGGUCAUACAAAGAAGGUCACAAGUGUUAUUUAUCAUCCAGAAGAUGAACUUGUCUUUACCGCCUCCCCUGAUGCCACGAUCCGUGUCUGGGGGGUAGAGACCGCCCAGUGUGGUCAGGUGAUCAGAGCUCACGAUGCCCCUGUCACAGGAAUCAGUCUGCACGCUACAGGAGAUUACCUUCUCAGCUCCUCCACAGACAUGCAUUGGGCCUUCUCGGACAUAAGACAAGGACGAGUUUUAACCAAAGUUAGUGAUCCAUCAUCUCAGCAUGCUCUCACAUGUGCCCAGUUUCACCCUGAUGGUCUUAUUUUCGGAACUGGAACUGAGGACUCUAUGAUCAAGAUUUGGGAUUUGAAAGGCAGACUUAAUGUAGCUAACUUCCCAGGUCACCAAGGACCCAUUACCAGCAUCGCCUUCUCUGAAAAUGGUUACUACUUGGCUACUUCAGCUGAGGAUUCAGUCGUGAAACUGUGGGAUCUGAGGAAAUUGAAGAAUUUCAAGACUCUUCAACUGACAGACAAAUAUGAGGUGAGGUCCCUCUCCUUUGACCAGAGUGGAACAUAUCUGAGUGUGGCUGGAUCAGAUGUCAGGGUGUACCUCUGCAAGCAGUGGCAGGAGUUGAUUUCCUUCAAUGACCAUACAGCCAUGGCCACAGGAGUAAGAUUCGGACACAAUGCCACAUUUGUUGCAUCAGCAAGCAUGGAUAGAUCUGUCAAAUUCUUUGGAAUGUCCUGAGUGGAAUAAAAGUCUGUAGAAAUUCAUAGAAUCAAGCUGAGACAUUUUAAUGAUUUUGUAUUAACCUUGUCCUUCAUGUAUGUAUAUGUGAUGAGGCAUUUGUACAUUUUGUUUUUAAUGUAGAAAAUUAAUAAAUUUGAUGGUAUUGUAACUAUUAAGUGAAAUGACCAGAUUGCUGUUUCUUCAUUAAAACAGAAAAGAAAUGUUAAAAUAAUUGUUUUCUAUGUACAUUUAUCAUAAUCUUUGGAGUAAAUUUUGCUCUCUAAAUUUUUAUUGUGUACAGCUUUGCAUUUGCUCAUAGUUUUUUUUCACAGCAUCACCAACAUAUCGAAUUUACCAUUACCUGUUCAUUUUCAUUUACCAAUAAUCAUUAUUAUUAAAGUGGUUCACUUCAGUGUAAAUCCGAUGAUUGUUUCAUUUUUGUGUAAACAGCUAAAAUUGCAGUAAAAAAUAAAGCUGUACAAAGUGAUUGUAGCAACUCAUUUAAAAUAUCAGUUCAAAUGGAAUUGUGCUUUUUCUGGAAAUAAAAAUAGAACAGAA